AAUUUAUCAAAUGUGAUUUUUGUGUGAACGUGUGAUAAGUGUUUGUUCCGAAGGGCAAGUGUUUUCAGCUUAGCCUAAUUUUAGUGAAAUAAAAUGGCUUUACAAGCUAUUAAAUACGACACCGGCAAACUAGAAAUACUUGAUCAACUGCUGCUUCCGAAAGAAUCAAAAUAUAUCUCCAUCAAAGGCGUCGAAGAUGGCUGGAGAGCUAUUCAUAACAUGCAGGUUAGAGGAGCUCCUGCAAUUGCGAUAGUGGGAUGCUUAAGUCUAGUCGUUGACAUCUAUAAUGAAGAAUUUGAGAAAAAGAAAGUGUUGCGCCAAGAAGUUGAAGGAAAGCUGAACUAUCUUGUUUCAGCACGGCCGACUGCAGUCAACAUGAAAUUAGCUGCUGACGACCUGCUUAAUAUGGCCAAUGAUUUAGCUAAAGAUGAAAACAUUUCUGUCAGUGAAAUGAAAAACAGAUUCAUCAAAGCUGUCGAAGAAAUGCUAGAGAAGGAUGUGGCAGAUAACUCAGCGAUCGGACAACACGGUGCUACGGCAAUUCUCAACCAAGAUAAUGUAAGGAAUGGUAACGUCCGCGUUCUAACGCAUUGUAAUACUGGCUCACUCGCUACCUCAGGUUAUGGAACUGCUCUAGGUGUCUGCCGAUCUUUAGCAUUUCACAAACGACUAGAACACGUCUACUGCACGGAAACGCGGCCGUACAACCAAGGCGCCCGCCUCACCGCCUACGAACUAGUCUACGAUAAAUUACCUGCUACGCUAAUCUGUGAUUCGGCCGUCUCGUAUCUCAUGAAGACGCGACACAUUACGGCCGUCAUUGUCGGCGCCGACCGCGUCGCCGCAAACGGUGACACCGCCAACAAAAUCGGAACCUACCAAAUCGCGAUUUGUGCUAAGUACCAUUCAGUGCCAUUUUAUGUAGCUGUUCCACUCACGUCCAUAGACUUUAGCAUGCCAAGCGGGGACCAAAUUGUAAUAGAGGAAAGACCUGAGAAAGAAAUGACUUACAUCUCAAACGUUAGGAUAGCUGCGCCUGGAAUUAAUUGUUGGAAUCCAGCGUUUGAUGUCACUCCGGCAAGCCUCAUCACGGGCAUAGUGACGGAACUUGGAGUCUUUAAACCAUCUGAACUAGGGAACCUUAGUAAAAAAUUGAAUUCUUCCUAACAAUGUAAGUACUUCCUUGUAAUAUGCUCAUCUUACUGUAGUGAACUGGAACGAAUCUACGCCAAAAUCAUCAGCUCUCAGCAUUUUAAGGAGCAACAGAAUCUUGAACGAUACGUCUCUUUCCUCCUCUUAACUCUUCUAAAAUAAACUGUUAGGUUAUUUUUGCUCUUGACCCCUCAAAUCUAUUUUUUUCCUUUUUUUUAGAAAGUAUUUACUUUGUAAAUGAAGGUGUGAUCUCCAAGUUCAUCGCUCCAACUUUUAAUUGAAUCAUCGAGAAAUUCUCAAAGUUCUUGCAUAUAUUUUUGUAUCAUGUCAUAAUCACUUUGAAGCUGCAUGAAAGCGUCUUUUUGUACCAACUCCUAGAAUGAUUUAAAUACUAUAGCAUAAUUUUCUCAUCGUAAAACUUUAGAUUAUUGCCUUUUCAUAUCAAAUAAGAUGUCUUGUUACAACACCCGUAGAUUUUAUCUCUCGAAAGAAUCCUUCUUUUUUUUGUUCGGUGCAGUCAUGAAAUUUGCAAUUUCCUUACAAGAGAUAAGUUUAGCUGUGUUUAUGAAAGUGAAGCCGGGCAUUUUUUGGAUGUAACAAAAUCAUUUUGAUUUUUUAAUUUAUUUUAUUUUUACGCAAGCGUUUAAAAAAAAUUAGCUAUGUAAGGAGUAGAUGCUUGUCCGUGAAAGUUAGUGCAUGGUACCCAAAUAUGGUAGCAAAAGUAAUUUUUUGAUUCAGUAUCAUUAUUCAGACGGCAAAGCUCUUUCACUUAUUCGCCCUCGUUCCUGGUCAUUUUAAUGUAACCAAUAAAUUAAAAACAGCUUCUUUCAUUUGGAAAGCAAAAAUGAAAGGGGUGGAGACUUGAGUCACGUAUUUAAAAUGCUAGAUGGUUAAGAAUGAAUUUCAAAUGAAAGAAAUAACAAUAUAAUUUGCACAGAUUGCAAAUACUUCCACGCUAAGAAAGAAUGCCAUACGAGCCUUCAGAAGUCGCCCAUAUUUCUUUCAAUUAAAAAGGAAUUACGGAAAAUGGUGAAUAUUUUUCUUUAAAUUUUUUAGACAACUUUUUCCACAAUAUCAUCUAAAAUAUCUGUAAAUUUCAAGGAAAAACAUGCAUAGCUGUAUGUAAAAAUACAAAUUUUAUCCGGACAUUUGGCGACUCUUGAAUGCUCAUACAGCAUUUUUCCACAGUACGUCAGAAUAAGAAGCCGAAAGCAGUUGCAGAUGUUAAUAUGACUGUGAAGGCGCAAAAUGAAUGAUGUUGUAUAGGGCUGUGCAAAUAUGAAUUUUUUCAAACAAAGCGAGUAGCGAAUAAUUUUACCAAUUAUUUGCGAAUAAUUUAAGUCAAUUAUUCAAAACUAUGAAAAGUAAAAAUUGAAAUGACUUUUUUAAGUACGAAAAUUCGCAAAUAUUACAAAAGUCGACAAAUAAGUGUGAUUAACUUUUUAAGAAUUUUUCAUUUGCUCAUACACUUGCACAGAAAACAAUGGAAUGCUACAAUAGGAGCCUAGGCUGUUAAGAAUGUGUUUGAAGAUCCCUGGAUGCUGGCUUGACUGUUCCUGCAGUUAUGUGUGCAUUCCCAGGAUUUGGAGGUAACUGCGCAGGCAGUCAAGCUAGUAUCUAAGGAUCACCAGACACAUUUGUAGUAUUUUACUUUUUUCGGUGUUAAUGAAAAUGUGUUUAUGAACUUUUCCCUCUUUCUGUCUUGGUUAUUUAACUUUCAAUGUGUGGUACUCUUCGAGCAACCAAGAUAAGUGGACCAAUCGCACUAGCUUGUGCUGUUCGUACACACGGUAAAGAUCAAAGGAGAUCCGCCGUUUGCGAUGUCUUGGAUGGAAGCCUGGUGCAGAUCCUCGCAGCAUUUCACAAUUGCCACUCAGAAAUUUGUUAUUUUUGACAGCGAGACUGUUUUUUCCAAAUGUUGGUUCGAAAAUUCACUAUUCGCGACAGCGCAAAUAUUCCCAAUUUGCAAAUAGUGCGCGAGAGUGAGACAAAGCAAAUAUUCACACAGCCCUAAUGUUGUACGAUAUCAUACUCUUUAGACAAGUAUUUAGACCUUUAAGUUCAAUUUUUUUUAAAAAAAAAGAAAUUUUUGGUUAAAGUAAAAAAAAAAGUUCAUAAUUCGUACGAUUUUUGUCUGGCUUCUACUUUCUAUAAAGGGUUCAAGACAGUCUUUUUAACUGUGUACAGAAAUUGCUCGAUGGAUUGAAUUUUUUCAGUUGUAAAUGUAGGCUUGCGAAUCUUCAAAGAUAAAGAAUUGAGACCUAAAGAUAUAAGUCUCCAUUCGAUUCUCUUCGGGUAGUACAAAAAUCUCUAUUCUAGGUACCUUACUUUCAGUGCAAUGGAAUUUAUAUUUUUUCAAGUUGCAAUUUUUUUUCCUCUCAGGAAAACCUAUCGUAAAGUGUAUUUGAAUCAAUUUCAAAGUAUGAUGAAUAGAUUGGAUUAAAAUAUUGAUUACUAGAACCAAUUUCUAUGAAUUAGUAAAGGAGAAAUUGUAUGUCCAUUUUUUGGUCUUGGAUACUUUCCUUAUCUUUUGUAUUAUAUUCUUUUGUUUUGAAGCCCUCAAUAUUAACGGUAGGGGAUCCUACAUUAUGUCAUGUUAGAACUCGGACUCACCCCGCCUGUUAGCACUUAUCUGCAAUACAUGUUGGCAUCCUUUCCCUUCAAAAAAUUACAACUUGUUUCAAAAAAACUCCUCUCUCCCUAAAAUAUGAUGUAAUUUGUGUACAGCCCCUUAGUUCAGAGCUGAAGGGAAUCUAUUAUUUUUAUAGUGAGGAUAAUUUUUUUUACAUUUCUAAGGUUUUCAAAUCACUCCAAACAGUUUUUUAUUUUUUUUUUUACCAUGGCUCAUCUCGGCUCCAAUUCUAACAUUGAGAAAGAAUUUAUCUCUCUUGCCCUCAUCUUUUCAAUUAGAAAAUUUAAGUUUGUUAGAGGGUGGCAUUUCCACCCGUUUCUCUCGCAGAAUUUUCAUGACGAUGGCUCAAGUGCGAAACAACGUAUCUCCAUUGCUGUGUUUCAAAAACUCUGCUCCUCUUUUACUAUUUUCCUUUUUUUAAUAGUAAUUCAAUGAUAUAGAUUGAAAUAUAUACUGAAUUCUCUCCAAAUAGAGACGAAAAAUCAAGGAAGUUUUCAAGAAAUUAAGUUGACAUUUUUCCAAAAAAAAAAAAAAAAAUCAAUCAAGUAUGACAGGAAGUCUGCAACGUUGCAAACGGAGAUACGUUGUUUCUCACUUUGGCCAACGAUGAGCUAUCAACAAUCCAAAACGAAAUUGUAUGACAUCAACUUUUUUUGCCUCAAAUUGCAAUCAUAAAAAAGAGAAAAUCUGAGUUUAACAUGUAACUCAUUAUUUUCUGUAGGUGAAAAAAACUCAUCGCUAAAAAUCGCUGUGCAGCACAGACUAAGCUUAGAUAAUUUCCUCUGUUUGCACAUUGCAUAAUUUGGGACCAUCAUUACUGUGUUAUUUUGUGUAUCUCUUUACAUUUGGCCUAAAGAGAUUCCUGCAUCAGCUCCAUGCUAUUUAUGCUUGUGUGUUAUGGACUCAAAAAUUUGUUUUUUAUUGGAGCGCCUCAAAAUAGUGAAAUUUUUCCCGAGUGUGAGGUGGUAUCACAUCGUAUCUAUUCAGGUUGAUCAGUGUAAAGAGGCUGUUUCACUGAAAAGAAAAGUAAAGGGACUGUGUACCCACCAGCCAAAGUUUAAAACCUUUUAACUUUAAGUAUGUCUGAAGCAGCGAAAAUGUAUCGCUCUUCAAUGGUUUGAAAAGUCAAAUUGUACUGAUCCAGCCGAAAUCAGCAAAACUGCAUUGCUCUUUGAUUAAUGGGCCUUCAGACAUGGUAUGAAUUAAAACACUAUGGAAAAUUUAUUCUCUUCAAAAUUUCACCUAGAAUGAAUCACACAACGCAAAGUCUGGAAAUAAACUCUUAAAAGAGUUGUAAGUGUUGACGAUUAUCAUUGGUUAUUUGGCAUGAAAAUAGAUGAUUUCAUCUGUAAAACUCAACUUCAAUUUGGAUUGCAUUCUGCAAUUUUGAACUGUAAUCUGGUUUUGUUUAGGAAUGACGUAUGUACCAUUAGUUUUCCUAUACACCUACAUGUUUUAUGGAUGCGCCAGAAAUUGUGGUUCCUAAUUGCAAAAUGAAGUCCAUUUCAUGUGUGUUAAAAGUGUUUGUUGUUGUAGUGCUUGCUGAAGUUGAUUUCCAAAUUACUCAUUUUCUGAAUUGGUUUCUACCUAAGAUUUUGACGAAACAACUCUCGACGUUUCUCCCUAUUUCAUAUCUUGUCUAGUGACUCAUUCUCUGUCAUGAUUCUUUCCGCUGUAAGAAAAUGAAGCCAAAAAAUAUGUCGAAACUUCUUUGAAUGCUCCACUAGAUUGUGAAGAAUGUAUGUAUCCAUUGAACUUCAAAGCAAAAUUUUGCUUAGUUUACGUGUAAAAAUAUAAAAUAUAAAAGAAAAUGAGUACAUGUGUGAUGUGAACAGGCUGUGCCUGGUCUUUACCAUGAAUCAUUGUUGCUGUAUAAUUAGGAAAAUAAUAAACUAGGAAAAGAACUUAUAAAAAUCAGCAGUCCAAAUCGAUUUUAUUUUAUUUUAAGCUGAUGCAACUAAUUGCAUAAAACAAAACAAAUACUGACCUCAUUACUGUUGUUUAUGUAUUUUUUACGAAUUUAGCAACGCGUAAACAUCAGAUGUCACCAUUCAGCUUUUUUCUAUUUAUCAAGCGCAUACUUUAUUGAAUACAGGGGAUGGCUAGCUUAUAAAGUAAAUAAACGAUGACUCUUAGUAAAUAGCAAACAAAUUGACUGUACAACUAAUAGUUUUGAACAACAGAAAAUGGUUGAUUUUCUUAAAAAUUUUCAGAAACAUCAAAUCUUUAAUUUUCUCCUGGAAAAUGAGGCCCCUCUCCUAAGAUCCACUCACAAAUUGCAUGAAAAAUUAAUUGAAAAUUUUUGAAAGAAAUACUUACCUGUCUUAUAGAAAAAAAAGAGGAAAUUUUCAACUUCCAAAUAUAACAGUUCGCUGCAGCCAGGUAGAAUAAUGCAUUUUGUAUUUCAUCAGCCGAUAAUUGCAUAAUAGAACUGCACUGCUAUUGCAAUGCUAAACUAUGAAUUUACAUGCUUGUUAUUAUGAUGCCGAUGGUAAACUCGAAUUAUUUACAUCAAACUGUCCGUUACUUUUAAUCGUUGCAUUUCACAAAAGUAUAGAGAGUACGUAGCUCACUAAAAUUUUGCAAAACGAUUUAAAGGAUAUCAACCCACAAAAAACAAGUGCUAGUACACAUAUUCUUAGCUCACAUUUAAAUACUCUUGGCUGAGAAAGCCUGCAUUUUGCAAUAAGGAACUACAGUUUCUAGACCAUCCAUAGAAGCACCUAUUUGCAGCUGAAAACUAACGGCACAUAUGCUGUUUCUAAAAUGAGCCAGAUAUUGUAGUUCCUAAUCGCAGAAUGUAGUUCAACUUGCAAUUAGGAUCAUGGCCGCAUCGAGAGGAAUAUUCUCAGACAUCAUUUUGCCUUUCUCGGCAAUGAGUGUUUCAAUGGGAGCCAAAAAUAAGCGUUUUUGAACUUGUUGUUUGCAGGCUAAUAUUGUUCAAAAAAGUCCGGGCAAAUUCUUGUGAACUGAGUUAACUCUCUACUUUUCAAUAAUUCAAAAAUUUAAAAUUUCUGAGCAAGCUAAUUCCAGAGACCUGACAUCUUGAAACAGAAAGAGUUGUAUAGGAUGUCUCAGGUAUUUUUAUACAUACAUACCUAUUUUUUUUUCCAGAACCUAAUGAAAUUUUAAAUAAUUUCAAUGGGUACUAUUCACUUUGUAUUUUUGUAUGGAAUGAAAAUGGCUCCAAUAUGUGUGUUCUUUUUUUUACUAAUUAAAAGAUGCCUCCAGUCUGUUCAUGAAAUCUCCCUUUUUUCUGUAGCCUUUCAUGAUCAUUUGACAGGAACAGGAAUUACUUAAUGUCAUCGAAUUUUUAUCCAUGAGUCGUCAAACUUUCAACUUCAACAAAAACACCAUGUUCAGUUUUUCAUAGAUGCGGGGAGCCUGAAUGCUUCUCUUUUUGAUAAGUCAUUAUAAUUAGAUCGUUUCUAAAAACUACCUUGAGAUUUUUUACCAUCUCUACCGUUCUGAACUGUUUUAUAAUUAAUUACUUAAUUUAUUUAUUUUUUAAUGCUAUUUAUUUUUAUCUCAUGGAUGAUGAGUGUAUUUCAUCCGCCCAUGUUUUUUCUAACCUUAUUCUGAACGCAGACUGGCAAGUUUUGUAAACUCCUGAUCUGAAUAAAAAGUUUGGAUUUCAAACUUUUAUCUUGAACAUA